CAGAAUUAUCUAAAACUGACAGCGAAGAGUGACUAAUUUUUCAUUUGUUUUUGUUAAAAUUUAAUUAGAUUUUAGAGCAUUUGGUAUACUUUUCAAGAUGCCUACUCCAGAGAAGAACGUAAUGGGAAACCCAGAACAAAUUCAGGAGCAGCCAACACGAGAAAUAAGUCAAACAGAUCAUCUGAACAAGAAGCUUCUGACUUCGUUGUUCAACAGGAUGAAUGAUGGUGAAGACUCCAAUUUAAAUAAAAUGUUGGAGCCCGACAACAUUUCAGAAGACGACGACGAGUGGAAGGAGUAAUUUUAGCUGUAUUCUUGUAAAUAAUUUACCCAGUGUAUGUUUAUACAAAUAAAAUGCUUUAAUUGUACCAACCUUA